UCCAGGCGGAAGAAUACCUUGACCCUGUUUGUGUCAACUGUCACUUUCAGUUCAAACUUGUCAGCGGGAAUAUUAAACUGACAAGCCUGACGAGACUGUGUACAUGCGUCCAAGUAACUAAGGCAUGGAAAACACCGAAAAACGGGGUGUCGCGCGUAAACAUCGGGGACAUGCUUUGCACGAAAGUCCAGUAAGUCUCCCAAAAACAAGUAAUGGUAUGAGCAACUGCAGAGAUAUGUUUUCUCCGAAGAGUAAAGCUAAAUCGAAGAAUACACUUGGUAUGCGGGACACAAGGUCACCCAACUUCAAGUUAUCAUCGGUGAAAGAUGUCGGCGGUAAUAAAGCUGAGGCAAAAAAUCUCCAUUUACAGGGACAGAAACGAAAAAUACAAGAACCCCAAGAAAGAAAAGAAGAUCAAGAAAAUCAACAGGUUUGUGAGAAUAAUCAGUCGUUGAAUAUUAAGGGAUCCGCGGAGAAAAGACAGAAAGUUAUGGGGACAGGAACAUGUUCUCCAAGUCCAAGUCAAACCAAAAAACUGAGUGGUUUCGGGACUCCCACAAGAAAUGAGAAAGGUAAUCAGUCACGAGGAAAUAAGGGUGGAAAGUCAAAUAUUCGGGAGCGAGGCGUUGGAACCAGGUCGCCCGCCUGGAUGCAGCAUUCCCCACGCCCGGCUUGCUGUAUGUCGCCCAUCAGAAAACCCGGUACCCCAUGGCGAGAGUGUCAGCUAAGAAAACUGAAAGAGGAGCAACUGGCUGAAAAAGCAAAAAGAAAAAACGCCAGAAGUGCUAGUACUUCAGUCAAGCCAGACACAUCUCAUUGUGUUGACUCCCUAAGGAUGAAUAAUGAAGUUAAAGAUGAGGUGAUGGCACAGGAUAGCCAACAAACAUCUUUGGAAAAGACCAUGGAAACAAUGAAACCAAGUGCUACUGCUCCAACACCUUGUCAAGACUCAGCAAUACUAGCAGAUGGGAAAAUUAACAUUGAAAUGAUGACAAAAGAAGACGACCAAAAUUGUGAAGUAAAUGUGCCACAUGUUACUAACAAGUCACCAAAUGAAACCAACAGUGAAAUGAUGAUACUGAAUGUUAAUAAGCAGAAACAAGCAGCAUCAGAAGGGAACAGCGAGAAAACUGCACCAAAUCAAGAGUCAGCCAAUUUAGAUCUGCCUUUUGUGAACAUAAAUCAGAGUGACAACAAAGCAAUAAAUCGUACAGACCCUGAUUGCAAAGGUUUUACAUCAAUGGAUGAUGGAUCAGCUGUGGAUGGAAAAGUCCAGUCACUGACACUAACAAGGAGCCCGCUUGCAGUGAUAAAAGACCGAAAGGAAGAUAUCGAAAGUCCUAAAUCAGCAGAGACAGCCAUGUCUAGGUUUAAGACUAAGAUGUCCCGGAGUUACCAGAAGACCAUGGAAUAUUUCAAGGAAGUCAAGAACAUUUGGGACGGCAAAUGAACUGGAGGAUAUUCUGUUCAAACAGGACGACAGAGAACCUCAUGAUCACCUGCAGCUUUGGUCAGAAAGAGGAAGAAAUAUCAACAUGUACCAGGAUUCAGCCAUUAUCCCACUACGUCAUGGGAGUUUAAUCCAAAUAUAGUUCAAGAUUUAUACUGAUGUUGUAAAGUCUGACAUAUUAUUCUAAAUGAGAUCACACUUAAUAGAUUCAGAAGUUAAACUGAAGAUAAUGUGACUUUGACUUUCAACACUUUUUUCAAGUGUAUAUAUAUUUUCUGAUUCUAUUUCAUUGCAUAUCACAUUUGCCAGUGUAUUAGUUUUAUAAUAUUUGCCAUAUUGAGAGAAUGUCAUAAAUAAAUAUUGUUAGAAAAUUCCUACAGACUGAUGACUCUUAUAAACAGACAUCCAAGCAAAAUACAGGGACUCUUUCAUAAAUUUUUUUAAUCCUUUCUGUUGCAGCAUGUAGCUUUUUUCAGAAGCGAUACUGCCUGCGUUACAGUUAUAAUGCUACAUGUAUAUGGAAACAAAGAUCUUGUGAAAGUAGGCCUCGUGUGUUCAUAGCCUAGCCUUAUUAUUAUUAUGAUUUGCACAUCAUUUACAUGUAUAUUGUAGGAAUAACAAAGAUUCUACAUUUAUCAUUUAUCAGUGGUUGUGCCAUACUAAACAGUAUUAUAAGCCUAAAGCUAUAUGUAUUCUACGGUUGUGGACAGGUUAAUAAGUACUGUACAUUAUUUGUACAUGAUGAUAUGGUCAUUGUUACAGCUCUGAUUUUGUUUUGUUUUUUUUCAUCUAGCUGUUCACAUAGAUGCUGUUGUCACAUUGGUUUUUUGUCUGUGAAAAUGCUGGCCAAAGACAAUGUUGAUCUUCCUAUAACACACAUUACAUGAACUGUCACCAUUUAUUGAGGUUACAUCAUUUUGUAGACAAUCAGAUUUCAUUUAUUGUUGAAGAGCUUUGGAUUCAUCUGUUUGGAAAGGCUGUUUGUGUUACAGAUAACUGCAUGGGAAAACUAGUUACCUUUGUAAGAGGCUUGAGGACAAGGGC